AUGCCGAUGCUCGACCACACGGCGUAUCCCGACAUCAUCGACCACGUGCUCGACAGCUGCAGUCUGAGCACGCUCGCCGCGUUCCGGGCUGCGUCCAGGGCGUUCCGGGAUAAUGUCGACCGGCGACUACUGGUGCACGCCGAGCUCGAGGCCGUCGAGGUCCCAGACGACUACAGCAUCUCUGGCGCGCGCACAGAGUACGCCUUCGUCAUUGCCCGCGACGCAAGAUACCCCGCGUUCGUGCCCACCAAGUCGCCGCCCGUACGCAUAAAGGGCCAUCUGCCAUGGAAGCCGGCCUACGUCCACACGCUCGACCUCGACUUCCACGACUGGGUCGAGUCGACCAGCCUGCCCGACGCGCUGCUUUCCGGCUUGUCGACGCUGCACACGCUGCGCCGGUUCAACGACCGCCGCUGGCGGCGAACACUCAGCCGGCCAGAGUCGGCGUGGAUCCCCGCGCGCACCGUAGUCGACUUCGUCCGCGUGCCCCGCAAUCGCAAGUCGCGCAACUCGACCAUCACCGACUCGCUGGCCAUCAUGCUGCCGCCCAAGGUGCGGCGGUACAUACUCCACCUGCACUGGGACGCAGUGUACCCCUCGCCGCACUACACGCGGCUGCGGCUGGACAAUGGCGACAAGCUGCGCGAGGUCGUGCUGGCGCUCAAGCCGACCGUGCGCCGCGAAUGGCAGCCAGACCAGCAGUACCGCAGCGUGCCGGCCUUCCUGACCUCCGCGCUGAGGAUAGCCUUCGAGGUGAUCAAGCGCGGCGGCACGCUCACCAUCGUCGGCGCAGAGAUGGUCCACCCGCUCCAGCUCGGAGGCAACGCCGACGACGAGUUCGACCCCCGCUCAUACCUGUCCAUCUGGCUCGCCAAGCAGGUCAUCCGCGAGGCGUGGGCCACGGGCCCCGACCCGCGCCCGUACGAGCAGGUCCAGACGAGGAUACGUGUCAUUCGCAUGGUCGAGUGGUGGAAGGAGCUCGGGUACGAGCGUAAGAUCAUCGAGGGGCGGUGGCCAUACGCCGACAAUGAGAGCUAG